AUGGCGAAAAAGGAGCAGAGCACGGACAAAAGCGCCUCGGUGGUCAUGUCUUCGGAGGCUGUUAUUUUAGUACAUGCCUUUUUGCAAAUCCAUGCUCCCAAGCUCGCUGCCAAACUUGCUUCAAAGUUUGAAAACCUCCGUCUAGAACAGCACGCGGACCAGGCGGAGGCCCUUUCGAAUGCCUUGGUGAACACGGUGAAAGCGGCUAUGCUUGUACCAGGCACUGAUGUGUCAAAGGCUUUCUCCGCUCUGUCCGAACAUGAGACUGAGGCGGUCAAGGAGGUCGAGUCGCCCUCUAAGAGCAGCGGGACAACGGUCGAGCACUCACAGAAGCAAAAGGGAAAGAAGGCCAAGCAUGAAAAGAAGAGAAAGCUUCAGGAGGAUGAUGAGACAGAGGAACAAGAAUCCGUGCUCCCUGAGAAAGAGCCCGAGUCGCUGGCACCCACGACGCCUGUCACCGAGGUUGAGGUCGUGGAGCACGCCGAGUCACGCCCAAAGAAGAAGCCUACGCAAGGUGAGCGGUUCCAACGUGUCAAGUCGGACAAUGUGCAGUUCCUAGACGAGCGACUUAAAGAUAUGAGCUAUGAUGCCAAGUCUGGCGCAGGCGACUGGGGCGCGCGUGCGAAUGCGGAUCUGAUUGUGACGCGCGGCAAGGCAUUUACGAAGGAGAAGAACAAGAAAAAGCGUGGCAGCUACCGCGGCGGUGUCAUCGACCAAGGGUCACAGUAUGUAAUCGUAUACUCACGCAGCUCUAUCAAAUUCACCUACGACGACGAAUAG